AUGGCAUCCCCAAAACAAUAUGACAUCAACGCGGAUCGAGGGCCGGUGUUGUACGUGAGUGUAUGGACGGUCGCUGGAAUCGCCAUUCUGGCGCUCAUCGGGCGCUUCACCUCGCGGAAGAUGAAGGGCCAGCGCUGGCUGAUUGACGACUGGAUGGCGCUGGCUGCACUGAUUCUAGCAUUGGGGUGUUGCGUCUGCUCCACCAUCUGUAAGGGCACCCAAAUCAAGCACGCUGCGGUGAAAUUCGGUAUCGGGAGGCAUCUAGAGGCCCUCAAAGCGACGUUCUCGCCAGUACCCUUCUGGAAGCUCCUGUUCGCCUACAAUCAAAUCUACGUUAUGACCGGCCCAGUGAACAAGAUCGCCAUGCUUCUCAUGUACCUGCGCAUAUUCGACACGCCUUUCUUCCGCAGGACCGUCAACUGGGGGAUCAUGGUAAACGUCGCCUGGUGGCUGGGAAUGUCGAUAUCAGGCGUCUUCACUUGCAUCCCGGUCCAGGCAUACUGGUUCACCGAUAUACCGGGAAAGAAGUGCUUCAAUCUGCUACCGUACGACCUUGGUUACGCCGUCGUCAACAUCUCUCUCGACGUAUUCAUUCUGCUGCUCCCGGUUCGAGAGGUCUGGAAACUGCAGCUCACGAAGCCGCAAAAAGUUGCUAUCAGUCUAGUCUUCCUCAUCGGUGCUUUCGCUUGCAUCACUGCCCUUAUCCGUCUCUUAGCGGCAAUUCUUUAUCUCAACGACCCAGACUUUACAUGGGUAUAUCUGGACGCCCUAAUCUGGACCGCCAUCGAGCCGCUGGUAGCCGUAAUCUGCAUCUGCCUGCCGAUGCUGCGCCCCAUCCUCCGCUACGUCCUCCCCGCUCGCUUCACACUGAGUUCGCACAGCAAGAGCGGACAGCGCGGGACGCCGCGACAGCAGAACACACUCGUCACUAUUGGAUCCUUGACGCAGCGGGAGCGACGGAGAGUGGACACAUUUGGGUUUACGACGUUUGACGAUGAUGACGAGGGCUCGCAGAAGGCGUUGCAUAUCACCACCAGCCGGCGCGUCAGCAACGAUGACCCGAGGCCGGAACACGGCAUCACGGUUAGGCAUAGUGUUGAGUUAUCUAAUUAUCCAGCCCGUGGGAGAGAUGGCGGCUGA